AUGGGCGACGCAACCAGGCCAUUCAGGCCCAUUGCUCCCCGGACCUUGACUCCAGGCGGCGGAGUCGAAAUCGGACAACUACCGCCCAAUGGAGGUUCCUCGAAUGAAGAAGGUCAAAAGAAAAGGGCUUCAACGGCAUGCAAAGAAUGCCAGAAACGGCGAACAAGGGCACAUGACCGGGAAUGCGUAUUCGACGAAUUAUCCGACAGGCGUCGCAAAGCCUCUGCGAGGAGAACCCAGGAGGAACUCACACGAUCCCAGCAGGAGCUCGCCGGCCUACGCGAUUUUUUGGAUCAGUUGUUGGGCGCAUUGGGCAGCAAUGAUAGUGAUGUCGUACGGCAUCUCAUCGACACCAUCCGUUCCGGGGCAUCACACGAGGAAAUCCGCCGCGCCGUCCUCCUCAUUCAUACUCAAUCCUCCGCAACCCAUCCACACGGCAUGGACCCGAACAUGAUAAAUAAUCACAUGAACAACUUCUUUGACUCUCAUUGA